AAACAACGAGAUGUGACAGCGCAGCAGCAUCUGGCAGUCAGUUUGCUUUUUGCAAAGAAAACCUCAGAGACAAGGCAAAAAAGUUCCACAUCUCGUUGUUUCCACCCUCACACGAUGCAGUCCGACACGUUGCUGCAUAUUUGCAAUUUCAGCACUCUGUUUGUGUGCAUGGUGCUGAAGUUCCCGCAGAUCUUCGUCCUGAUUAGAGCUAAAUCUACGACUGGAGUCAGUCUCAACAGUCUGCUGCUGGAGCUGCUCGGGUUCAUUGUUUUUGUAACGUACCAGAUGUACUAUGACUACCCACCUCCUACGUACCUGGAAUACCCCAUCCUCAUUGCCCAAGAUGUCAUUCUUCUGCUCCUGAUUCUUCAUUACAACGGCAGCCUCCGGCAGAGCCUCAUCUACACCUUGGUGUUUGUCGGCGGUUGGAGGCUCCUCACCGUGGACAAGUGGAUCAUAGAUUUGGCCAUGAGCCUGUGCACGUUCAUUAGUGCAGCCAGUAAGUUUGCUCAGCUGCAGUGCCUGUGGAGGUCCAAGGACGCCGGACAGGUUAGCGCGCUCUCCUGGGGUCUGGCUACCUACACAUGUAUGGCUCGAAUUUACACCACCACAGUGACGACUGGAGACAUGCAGGUUCUGGUGCGCUUCAUCGCGAUGACCCUGCUGAACCUGUGGGUGCUGCUCACGGUGCUCCACUACCAGAGACACAGCAGCAGCUCCAAGAAAGAAGACUAAGACUGGAAGGACAGCACACUGGCUGAAGUGUCACGCCACAGAGUUUACUGAAUCACUUUGGACCCCGGCAGUACUGAAAAAUAAAACUGAUGGGCAACAACGGUUAUGUCAGCAGCUGUUGUAAUGCUGUUGCUUUGUUUUUUUACAUAGUUUUUACCUCAUUUUUAAACCCACAUACUUCCUUAUGUAACAUUCCAGUCUGGAAAAAUGUGCAACAACCUGUAGUGAGAACAAAGAAAUGCACUCUUUAAGUGAUACAAAAUUGUAGUAUUAGACAGGACGGCACAAGCCAAGGAUAUCGAAGGUCUUCCUUCUCAGGAUAAGAAAUACUGUAUUUUGAAUAGUUUUUAUACUUGCAAACUCCUUUUCUAUUUUAAUAAACCAAACAUUUCUGCUUCUUA